CGUGAUUGGUGGUAUUGUCGGGGGGAUAUGGCUGUGACUCUGAGAUUAACGAAUUCUUUAGCAUUUUCCAGUCAUCCUCUAACGUCGUCCGUACUGUUCCGAGGAAGCAAAUCGAUCGGUACUAUUACUAAGAUAGCAUCAACAAUCAGGACGGUAAAAAUGGCGGCUUUUGCUGGGUCUGACUCAGAAACAACGUCGUCUACCUCGAGAGUUAUCGAUUCUCAUCUCCACAUUUGGGCUUCUCCUCAAGAGGCCGAGACAUAUCCUUAUUUUCCUGGCCAAGAACCUACUUUGACUGGUGAUGUCAAUUUCUUGCUUAAGAACAUGGAAGAGGCAAGAGUAGAUGGAGCUCUCAUUGUGCAACCCAUAAAUCACAAGUUUGACCAUUCUUUAGUAACAAGUGUUCUGAAGAGAUACCCAUCAAAGUUUGUCGGUUGUUGCCUUGCUAAUCCUGCAGAAGAUGGCAGUGGAAUUACGCACCUUGAGAAUCUUGUUUUAGAGAGUAAUUAUCGUGCUGUUCGGUUUAAUCCCUACUUGUGGCCAUCGGGUCAGAAGAUGACAAAUGCUGUUGGUAAAGCCUUGUUCUCUAAAGCAGGGGAGCUUUGUGUGCCUGUUGGCUUCAUGUGCAUGAAGGGUCUAGAUCUUCACAUUGCAGAAAUUGAGGAACUUUGCACAGAAUUUCCAAAGACAACUGUUUUACUAGAUCACGCUGGAUUCUGCAAAGUACCAGAAAGUGGUGAGGCAAAGCUUGCUUAUUCUCAACUCAUGAAGCUGUCUAGAUUUCCACAGGUAUAUGUGAAAUUCAGUGCUCUAUUCAGGAUCUCAAGAACCGGCUUCCCGUAUCAGGACCUAUCGCCUCUCCUAUCUCAACUUGUGUCCCAUUUUGGGGCAAAUCGUGUCAUGUGGGGCAGUGACUUCCCAUUUGUUGUUCUUGAAUGUGGAUAUAAAGAAGCUAAAGAAGCUGUGACUAUCAUUGCAAAAGAAGCAUCCUUGUCAAGUUCUGAGAUGGACUGGAUUCUGGGAAAGACUCUGAUGCAGCUCUUCCCUGGACAAUGGGUUCUUCCUUGAGAGGCUUGUCAGAAGUAAUAGGUUGCAUGCGGAUGAGAUAAUGAAGCAAGCAAUGGAAGUUGUAUCAUUAAAGAUACUUAACUCUAGCCUAUAUAUUACCAAACACUAGAUGUAUACCAAUUUAGUAAAUCAACAAAAAUCUUAUGUGUUGAUAUCAUAAUGAUUCAUCGUGAGAUGAUGGAGGGCCUGGAUGUUGAUGUGCUCUGAUCGAAAAUUUCUUCCACAAUGGGUGAGCUGCUAGGAUCCCCUUUCCGUGUUCAAUGAGGUGAGGUGAUAAUUUAUAAUCAUCGGUGGCUUUGCUGGGACAUUUAUGAGGGAUAAGUUUCAAGAAUCAAGCUUCUCUCCAGUAGCUUGUUUUACAAGUAAGUAAGAGUUGGCGUCUCCGGUUAUAAUUUAUACCCGUGUAAGUUAGUUUCAUCUAUUUACGAAAUCGCCAUGAUGGAGUAUCGAGUUGUGCAAGUGAUAGCAAUGUGGAAUUCAAAGAGACAAUUGAGUUUUCUUUGAGAAUUGAAAGAAGUGGUGAUCGAGAUUAGUCAGCAUUGUAAAACUUGUUUGGGUUGGAUUCUUGAAAUGUACAAGCGCGGUUUCAUAUGGUAGAAUCGAUUCAGAGAGUGUGAAGUGAAUUUACACAACUUGCUAAACUAGUAGAGCAAGUGAAGCUCUUAAAAAUAGAAAUCCUCUCUGCCUAACAACUUUUGUUUUACUCGUCUUAAUUAUCAACAUUAGUUAAACUUCUUUCUUUUAUUUAAUCUGUGAC